CGUGUUUAUCUACUUCGAGUUUGUUUCGAGGUCUGCUAACUCGAUUGUUUCUUCGUCUUUGGUUUUCUCGUCAUUUUCUCAGCGAUCAAGAUUGGUAUACUUUGUUCAAGCAUUCAUUCAGCCACUAUGUCUGGAGAGGACGUGAAAUGCGGGUCCCACUUAAAGAGUAUCGAUGAAUUGACUGGGUUCCCGCUUUUUCCAGAGGGGACAAAAUCCUCAGUGGCUCGCUUUAACACCCGCGAGAUCUGGAAAAAAUAUCACGACAAAAAAGACGCCUAUGGUGUCUCCUACAAGCUCUGCGUCUUCUCCGGAAUCCAGAAUGUCGAUUCGGGCAUCGGCGUGUACGCUGGCUCUCACGAUAGUUACCGAACCUUUUCCGAUCUCAUGGAUAAGGUAAUUGAGGAUUAUCACAAACACAAGCCUGAUGAUAAACACGUGUCAGACAUGGACGCAAGCAAGCUCAAAUGUCCACCACUCCCCCCUGAUGAAGCCAAGAUGAUUGUGUCUACACGUAUCAGAGUUGGUCGAAAUCUGGAGGGUUAUCCACUUGCCCCGGGGGUAACAAAGGAACAGCGAGAUGAAAUUAUGGAAAAGGUGGUUCGUGCGUGCAACACGUUCACAGGAGAUCUGAAGGGAACUUUUUAUCCUUUGCAAGGAAUGGAUGAAAACACACAAAAGCAGUUGAUCGCUGACCAUUUUCUCUUCAAGGAAGGUGACAGGUUUCUGGAGGCUUGUGGAUGCAACAGGGACUGGCCAUCAGGGCGAGGCAUCUUCCACAAUGCUGAGAAAACAUUUUUGGUUUGGGUGAAUGAAGAAGAUCAACUUCGUAUCAUCUCGAUGCAACAGGGAGCUGACAUUGGUGCUGUGUUUGAACGCCUUAGCCGAGCAGCCAAUCAUAUUGAGUCAGUGGCCAAGUUCUCUCAUGAUGACCAUCUUGGUUACAUUACUUCAUGUCCUACAAACCUUGGAACCGCACUCCGAGCCUCGGUUCAUAUCAAGCUGCCCAAGCUAUCGGCGCGCAAAGAUGAGUUCCAAGCCAUUGCUGACAAGUUCUACGUUCAAAUUCGUGGAAUACACGGGGAGCACUCGGAGAGCGUCGGAGGUAUUUAUGAUAUCUCAAACAAACGUCGUUUGGGAAGAUCUGAAGUACAGCUGGUUCAAGAUAUGUACAACGGAGUUAAAGCAAUGAUCACACGAGAGAAAGAAUUGUGAAUACUUUGUUCGAACUGUAAACCAAUGUUCCUGUAUUUUAGUUCGUAACAUUGUGUGAUUUUACAUAUUGGUUAUAAAGUUGGUUAAUCCAAAUAAAGACGUUUUACUACCUUCA